UCCAAAAGAAAGGAAGCCCUUCGCUUCUUUGUUUCAAUUUAAUGUCAGUUUUCAGGAAAGGAACGUAGAGUUGAAAUUUCCUGACCCAAAAACGUCUUCGACUUGGAAACAAAAUGCUUCAGCCCUAAUUUAUAACGACCCGCACAUCCUUAGGUUUCGUUCUCUGUCCAAAUUCGCGCCUUAUCAUCCAAUUCAUCAAUAAGGUUUGCGCUUCCCUGUCUUUGAUUGUUUCUUUCUUAGGGUUUCAAAUUUCAAAUCCUCUCUUCAAUCGUGUAAUCCCCUGAAAUAUUCAAGUUUUGGUUCUUUUCAUUUCUUUUGAUUCUUCAAAAUUGGGGUCAAUUGGCUCUAUUUACAAUGCCACCAUUCAUGUCGUCCUCCAAGGCAGUGCGGUCCUUGAUAACGAGUAAAAAUGUUGCCGAAUAUUUGAUCAGGUCAGCGAAAAAUAAUUCUAGAUUUGAUCGGAUUCGAUGUUAUAGUAGCAUUGUUGGCAUCUCAGCCCCUUCGGUCGGUGAAGUAAUUGAUAGGAAGAAGAAUUUUAGUUUCACAUUGGGAAGCUUAUAUAAUAACGCCAGUGCUGCUCAGAAAAGACAGUUCCUUGGUUGCGGUGAUGGAGAGGAAGGCGGUGUUUUAUCCAAAGUUUAUGAAGAAAGGCGCGUUCUAGGGUAUUCUCCGGAGCAGUUAUUUGAUGUGGUUGCAGCUGUUGACUUGUAUCAUGGAUUUGUCCCUUGGUGUCAGCGGUCUGAGAUACUGAAAUACUACCCAGAUGGAUCAUUUGAUGCAGAACUGGAGAUUGGUUUUAAAUUUCUGGUGGAGAGUUAUAUUUCUCAUGUGGAGUUAAACAGACCUAAGUUCAUAAAGACAACUGUGUCAGAUAGUACAAUUUUUGAUCAUUUGAUAAACAUUUGGGAAUUCAACCCGGGACCAGUUCCAGGAACUUGUGACCUUCACUUUUUUGUGGAUUUUAAGUUCCAGUCUCCACUUUACAGACAGGUGGCAUCCAUGUUUUUCAAGGAAGUGGUCUCCCGUCUGGUUGGUUCAUUCAGUGAGCGUUGCCGUUUGAUAUAUGGACCAGGAGUUCCAGUACUUGAGAAAUCAUAUGAGCAAAAAGCAUAAAGCGUCUUAUCACUCUCAUUGCAGAAAGCCCUUCUGAGGGUCUUUGAAAACCAUAUGGGAUCAGAUGAACACUUUUACCAUUCAUUUUGCCAUGUGGGUGGUUUUUGUUUUGUUCACUGCGCAGCUAAUUGGUGCUCUACUGAUUGUAAUUCAGGGUUUUAAUGCCUGCCUUUGCCAGUUACCCAGCAAGGAGGGAAAACGAAAUAUCACAUUACCAUUUUAGACGUGCUUUUCUUUUUCACUCGAUUCAUUGAGUUGUCUACUUGAUUCGAUCAUCUUGAAUGUAUACUCUGCUUAUGAUUGGAUUAUUUAUGCAUGUACUCUUAGAUAAAAAAGAGAGUAAUGCAGCAAUUGUGAUAGUUUGUCAAAAUGAACUGACUAAAAUACAAGCAAAAGUUCCUAGAUUCUUGGA